AUGUCGAUGGCAACUUUCAGUGGAAAACGGUACUUCGUGACAUUCAUUGAUGACAAGUCAAGAUACUGUGUCGUCUAUCUGCUCAAGAGCAAAUCUGAAGUUGCGGCGAAGUUCAUGGAAUACGCUGCGAUGGCCGAAACGCAAACCGGAAAGCGCGUGAAGUACCUUCAAAGCGACAAUGGGGGUGAAUACAAGUCCGACAAGCUGGCACGAUUCUGCGCGGAACGGGGAAUACAACAAAGGUUCACACCCCCAUAUACUCCUCAGCUAAACGGAGUGGCUGAGAGAAUGAAUCGCAUGCUGGUCGAGUGUGCGCGUUGCAUGAUGGAACACGCUGGACUGGGAAAGAGCUACUGGGGUGAAGCAGUGAUGACGGCGAUGUUUCUUCGAAACCGCUGUCCAACACGUGCCAUUCACCAAGACAAGUCUCCAUAUCAAGUGUGGACGAUGAAGAAACCGAUUCUGGCCAACCUUAAAGUGUUUGGAUGCCACGCGUAUGUUCAAGUGCCUCAAGACAAACGCGCGAAGUUCGACUCCAAGUCAUCACUCUGUCGUUUCCUGGGAUACGCCGAACACCAGAAGUCAUAUCGAUUUGAGGAAGUGUCAACAGGAGCGAUCAAGAUCAGUCGCGAUGCCACAUUCAUGGAAGACAAGUUUGAUGAAGGUCCGCGCAACUACAACGAUGAGUCAAGUGUCGUUGAGUUUGAUGAUCAUGAUGAGGACGAAGAAAAAGAAGAAGGUAAAACUGACGACGACAUGGACUCGAGCGACGAUGACAACGAAGACACCAGGUCUUCGAAGAGCAACAUCAAGAGACACACGCGCACUCAAUCACUUGAGAAAGCUACCGUCAUUCCAAGUCCCAAGCGAAGAACAUACAGAGGUCCGUCGCUUGAGCAUGUUUCAGCGGCUGCAAUGGAUUUUGAAGCAGCCUACAUCGUUGAUUCAGUGGGGGAAACGCCGACUACAUUCAAGUCGGCGAUGGAAUCAAGCGACUCCGGCAAGUGGAAAGAAGCGUGUGACUCGGAGUUCGAUUCGCUUCAGAGAAACGACACGUGGGAAAUCGUGCCUCUUCCGAAAGGUCGCAAGGCCAUCGGGUGCCGAUGGGUUUUUCGUGUAAAGGAGAAUCAAGAUGGCGAAGUUGAACGUUUCAAGGCAAGACUUGUGGCCAAAGGAUUCUCACAGAAAUUCGGAGUUGACUAUGAAGAAACUUUCGCACCGGUGGCCAAGUUCACAUCGAUUCGUGUGGUGCUCAGUAUGGCGGCCAAGUACGGCCUAAUGCUACAUCAGAUGGACGUCAAGACAGCGUUUCUUAACGGCUCCCUCAACGAAGACAUCUACAUGGACCAGCCGGACGGAUACCUGGAUGCAACACAGCCGGACUAUGUGUGCAAGCUAAAGAGAUCACUCUACGGCUUGAAGCAAUCGCCUCGCAUGUGGAACCAAACAAUCGAUGGGUUCAUGAUCAAGAUGGGAUUCAAGAAGUGCGAAUCGGACCACUGCAUCUACAUCAAGCGAGACGACCAAGACAUGAUUCUCGUGGUGCUCUACGUCGAUGAUCUCAUCCUGGCCAGCAGCAACAACGAACUCCUCAAGUCAACCAAGAUGGCGCUGAGCAAACGCUUCGAAAUGACGGAUCUCGGUGAGCUCGAUUACUUUCUCGGCAUGGAGAACAAGAACGACCGUAAGACGGGAAUGGUGACUGUACAACAAACCAAGUUUCUCAAGUCCGUGUUAACCAAGUUCGGAAUGGAUAACAGCAAGCCAGUGAAGACGCCUCAAGAUCCCGGCCUGAAGCUAACCAAGAACAUGUGUGAACAAGAAUGCAAGCACGAAGACACCAUGUGCAACGUGCCAUAUCGAAGUGCUGUCGGAGGCAUCAUGUAUCUCAUGGUCGCCACACGUCCGGAUCUAGCUGCUGCAGUGGGAUCAUUAUCCCAGUUCUCGUCCGACCCAUGCCCGACUCACUGGCAAGCUUUGAAGCGUGUGCUGAGAUACCUGCAAGCAACGCCCAAUCAUGGUCUUGAGUUUACACGUGAAGAAGGAAGCCAUAUCUGCGGGUACACCGACGCAGACUGGGCCGGCGACAUUGAGUCAAGACGAAGUACAAGCGGCUAUGUGUUCAUGAUGAGCGGAGGAUGCAUCAGCUGGAAAAGCCAGAAACAACGGACGGUCGCGCUAUCUUCAACAGAAGCAGAAUACAUGGCGCUUUCCGAAGCAACCAAAGAAGCAGUAUGGCUCAAAGUGCUUUUGGGGAACUUGGUGAGAUGA